AUGGCGUAUCAAUCAGGAUUUCGACAUGAUUCUGAUGCUAGAUUUGUUGAUGAUAACUAUGGUGAUGAUAAUGAUGAUGAUAAUGGAGGUGAAUUUGAAGAUAUCGUAAACAGAGACGAAGGCUUUACUGAGGCAAAGGAAUCUGAACUUUAUCUCAAAAAAGUCAAGUCUGAUGAUGAGGCAUAUGAGUUGUACAAUAAUUAUGCAUUUAAACAUGGAUUUGGUACACGUAAGGCGAAAAAGAAUUUUAGAGAAGAUAAGGCUACUAUUCGCCAACGAUUUUGUGUUUGUUCUUAUGCUGGUUUUAAGAAAGAAAGAAAGCCAGGUGAUGAACCAAAAGUGUAUCAGAAGAGAAACUGUCGCACAGGAUGCAAAGCAAUGAUUCAAUUUGAUGUUGAAUUAGAUUCUGGUUUGUUUGUUGUUGUCAAACAUCUCAUGGAUCAUUAUCAUAGCAGAAUUCCAGUUUCAAAAAGACAUUUGAUUAGGUCUCAUAGGAAGAUCAGUCAAGAACAAUUUGGUAUGCUUAAUAGUUUAACUGAGAAUGGUAUACGUGUUGCUGAUGUUGUUCGAGUUUUAAAAAAUCAAGCUGGUGGUGAGAAAAAUUUGGGAUUUCUUUGCAGCGAUGCUUAUGAUGCUUUAGCUUCAGAGAAGAGGAAGAAGUUUGAUGGUUGUGAUACUAAGCAACUACUCAGUUAUUUUAAAGAACGCAAAUCAAAUGAGUAUGACUUCUACUAUGAUUUUGAUGUUGAUGAUAAAGGUCAUUUGCAAUCUUUCUUCUUUCGAGACAAUAGGAUGAAGGUUGAUUAUGAUGCUUUUGGGGAUUUAUUGGUUCAUGAUACAACAUAUCGUACAAAUAAAUAUGCUAUGAUUUGUGGUCCAUUUGUUGGUAUGAAUCAUCACAAUAAAAAUGUUAUGUUUGGCAUUGGAUUUUUGAUUAAUGAGAAGUGGGAGUCAUUUGUGUGGUUGUUCACUACCUUUUUGAAAUCGAUGGGUGGUAAACAUCCCGUUUCAAUCAUGACUGAUCAGGCCCAAGUUAUGGCCAAGGCUAUUAGAAUUGUCUUUCCAAAUUCUCGGCAUCGAUUAUGUACUUGGCAUAUCAAAGAGAAUUCAAAGAAAAAUAUCAAAGGACUGAGGGAAAAAGAAGGGUUUAAUGAAUUGUUUGACAUAGUCCUAAAAUACACAGAUACUAUUCAGGAGUUUGAGCACUAUUGGUCUAGAAAUAGUGAUGUUCAUUAUAUUUUCACAAUUGAUCCUGAUUAUGUUCUUUUAGUAAGAAUUAUGUUCAUUAAUGUUUUUCCAAAUUUCAGCAUGCUUACAAAAUAUGAUUGCAAGAAUAAUAGUUGGAUCAACAACUUGUAUAACAUCAGAGACAUGUGGUGCCCUGCAUACUGUAAGGACUAUUUUAGUGGUGGUAUUUUAUCUUCUCAGAGAAGUGAAACUACAAACAGGAGUAAAGAAAGCAGAAAUGAUUAUGACAGCAUGACUGGCAAUCGUCAUUUAGUGUGGGCAGAUGUUGGUUUGUUAGAGCAUGCUCGAAACAUUUACACAAUUCAAGUGUAUAUACAAUUUGAGGAUAAUUUUGUGAGUGGUGUUCCUUGCACAGCAAAGAUAAUAGGAAUUCAACAUCCUCUUUAUGAGUAUCAUGUUGGGCAUCCAAAGAGGGAUUUGAUCAUGCACACUAUUUCUUUUGAUGAAUCAUUGGUUUCAGUUGAUUGUACAUGCAAAUAUUUUAGUGAGGUUGGACUACUAUGUAAGCAUUCAUUGCGUGUUCUUCAUUUGAACAACAUCACCUACAUCCCGAAGAGGUAUAUUAUGAAGAGAUGGACAAAGGCUGCAAUGUGUACUCGGGUUGAUGAUAAUGUUGUAGCUGAAUCGGGAGUUACACCUUCAAAUGUGUGGAGAUUACAUAUUAUUAGGACUUUUAUAAGGCUUGCUGAUCGUGCACAAAUUGAUUUAAAGUCGCGAACUGUCAUUGAGGAAGCUAUUGAUGAGUGCACCAACAAAAUUGAUAUUCUUCUAAGGAAAGAUGAAAGUGAAAAUCAAGAGUCUUCAAAUACUGAUUGUCAGUCAACUGUAACACAAGAUCAAGGAGAUGGUAAUUUGUUGGAACCACAAGGAGUAAAUGAAGAAUGUGUUCCUCAAACUGAAGAUGUGAAUGGUAAACAAAAAGCUGUAGUUCAAGUAGAAAUUAAAGAUCCUAUCAAGAGAAGAAAGAAGGGGCAAAGAAACACUAGACCUAAGAGUACAUAA